AUGAAGACUUUUACACCCUUCUGUGUUUUACUGACCAUUAUAGUGUUGGAAUGCCUAUUUCCAAACGCUCACGGUAAAAACUACACUGAUGCAAUGAGUCUCCGCUCGACUUUACUACAAAAUUACCACAAGGAUAUCGUGCCUUUGGCGAACCUGUCUUCAACCAUGAAAGUGAACGUUACUUUGUAUCUUUACUCGUUGUUGGAAAUUGAUAGCGUAAAAGGAUCAGUGACGAUGCCGUUGAUGACAAUGUGCACGUGGAUGGACGAACAACUAACAUGGACGCCGUCAGAUCAUGGAGGUAUUGAGGAGAUUGCGUUCUACCAGAACGAAGUUUGGAAACCUCCGUUGAGCCUUGGUACUCCAAUCGAAUUUGUUAUCAUGCAAAACGACAUGAUGCAUGUGAUUGUGAUGCAUAACGGAAUGGCCAUGAUGUCCCCUGGAAAUAUCAUUGAGAGCGCCUGCACUUUCAACAUGAAGUUCUGGCCCUUUGAUAAACAGGUGUGUGAUGUGAGUUUCUGGGCCUACGAUGUUAUAGACAACCAAGUGGAACUAAAUAUUCCUGACGACGGUUUUGUCAGCCUUGUGACCAAAAACGCUGAGUGGAUAUUAGAAUCUACGAGGUUCUUCAAACGGCAGUCUGGAAUGAUGAAUGAAAUUGUUUUUCGGCUGUAUCUAAAACGCCAGUCAGGGUUUUAUGUUUUGACCAUUCUGCUACCAAUAAUUGGCUUGUCAAUUCUUGGAACAAUGGCUUUCCUUCUUCCCGUCGACUCCGGAGAGAGGGUCGGGUUUUCAGUAACAGUUAUGCUAUCACUGUCAGUGUUUCUUACAGUUAUUGCAGAAGAAAUGCCCAAAACAUCGGAUCCUAUUUCCAUAGCCGCAGUGCUUAUUGUUUUUCAGACGGUCUGUGGGUUAUCUGAGACUAUGAUCGCUAUUCUCACCGUGUUUGUAUAUCAAAAAGAUGAAAAAGAAAAAAUGCCUAGCUGGGGUAAAGCGUUUAUAAGGGCAAGGAAAUGCUUUAAUAACAAAGUAGAAGAUGAGGUCCAUAACGAUAAUGUUGAGGCAAUGAAUGAGUCUACAUCCGGGAACCUCAAACAAAGAAAUCAAUUACUGGAUUCAAACAAAGGUAUCACUGAAGAAAGGAAAGCUGACAGAGCAAAUGACAUUGAUAACGACCAAGAUAAAGAUGGAAAUGAAACUUCUGAAUGGGUACUCCUGUCUGAUGCUAUUGACAAAGUUUCAUUUAUGUUUUUCUUUGGUAUUUGUGUCCUAGUAACACUUGUCCUGAUGGUCUACAUGAUUGCUGGGUCAGAGUAUGUAGAAUAUUGAAUAUAGCGUUUAUAAGUAUUUUAAGGUCUAGAAAUACAUAAUACGUUGGUGUUAAAUGGAAACAAUAUUAUAAAAAGUGUUCUAUAAUUUAAAUGUGUUACUAUGGUAAAAGUCAUUCAAAAGCAUAUCACAUUUGCCAAAUUUAAUUGAAAGCAUAUCUGUCCACCUUUUAUAUUGGCAGUUGAAGAAAUAGAAAACGUAA